AUGGCUUCAAGCGCCUUUCUCAGCAACACCAUCAACAACACUCCAAUCAUGAACGCAACAUCUUCCUCACAGUAUAUGAAUCCUUCCGACAGCGCGAUGCUGGAUAUGUUCAUUCCGGGGUACUCCUUCAUAUCCCGGUUUCUAAUAUCAUAUUUACACAUCGACCUCUCCCAAUAUAUUCCCAUGAUUUUGACGGCUGUGGCUUUUGUUGCUUCACUGCGAUAUGUGUUCUUCCGCUCACAUGAGCUGCUAACCAAUUAUUGUGUCUCAACUGCUGAGAUCCGCCUCGAGGAUGAAGUGUACAACUACCUGAUGUUCUGGAUGGCACAACACCCUUCUACGAAAAAGUCCACUCAAUUCGUAGCCAGCACCAAGAUCUCCAGCGGCGCACGAUACUACGACUCUGACGACGAGGGUGACGGGGAUGACGAAGAUGAAUACGACGAGAACGGCAAUGUCGUCUCCGACUUUGACGACUACUGGGCCAAGACCGUCGCACGAGACAAGUUCAAGCGCCUCCGCUUUACCCCAGCCGAAGGAAGCCAUUACUUCUGGUUCCGUGGUCGCCUUCUUACCUUCACUCGUGCGAAAGAGGAAAACAACAACACCAUCUCCUACAUGCGAUACGUGCCUGAGCGACUAUUCAUCUCAUGUUUCGGUCGUGACCCCACUAUCCUGAAGGAACUCCUGGCCGAAGCCCAAAGGGCAUGGGUAGCCAGAGAUGGAAACAGCACAGUUAUUUACCGCGGCCAGAAGAAUGGCGGAUACACUGACUGGGUACGCUGCAUGGCACGCCACCCCAGGCCUCUCUCCACUGUCGUGCUAGACCAGGACCAAAAGCAGUCUUUCAUCAAAGACAUCAAGGAAUACCUCCACCCCCGCACGAGGAGAUGGUACUCCAACAGAGGUAUCCCCUACCGUCGGGGGUACCUCCUCCACGGCCCUCCCGGAACCGGAAAGACCAGUCUCUGCUUUGCAGCAUCAGGACUUCUCGGCCUCCCGCUAUACCUGCUGAACCUGAGCUCCAAGAGCUUGGACGAAGACGACUUGAUGUCUCUAUUCCAAGACCUCCCUCGCCGCUGCAUCGUCCUCCUGGAAGAUAUUGACUGCGCUGGAAUGACCUCCAAGCGCGCGGCCAACAGCACCCAAGACGACAAGAACAAGAACGACCCCAACAACGCCAAUCCUGCCGCUGCGCCCAACACUGCUGCCAACACUCCCGCUGGCUCGUCCACAGACAAGAAGCCCUCCGAGGAGACCCCCGAUAACAAGGGGAUCACCCUCUCCGGCCUACUGAACGUAAUCGAUGGCGUCGCCGCAAGCGAAGGCCGCAUCCUCAUCAUGACUACGAACCAUCCAGAGAAGCUUGAUGCCGCGCUUCUCCGUCCCGGCCGCGUGGACAUGACCAUCACGUUUGGGUAUGCUCACUCCCAAGACAUCCGGGAAUUGUUCUCGUCCAUUUAUUCCACGCUUGAGGGUGAUUUGCGCUCUGUAUCUCCAAACAGGAGGAAGAACGCUAUUACUAGCCACGACGGCAAAGCCAAUGGAGUUAAGAAGACGAAUAUUGGUGAUGGAAUGGAAGAAAGGCCUCCUGUAUCGGACAAGAUUGUCCGGUUGGCGAAGGAUUUCGCAGCUGGUACUCCGGCUGGGGAGUUCACUGCUGCGGAGGUGCAAGGGUAUCUGUUGAAUUAUAAGGAUGAUCCGGAGGCUGCGAUUGCUGGGAUUGGGGGGUGGUUGGAGCGGACGGAGAAGACAAGGAAGGAGAGGAAGGAGAAGGCUGAGGAGGGGAAGGUAUAG